AUGGUGGCCUCUUCCCGUCCCAAGUCUGGUGAAAGGGCGCCGCCGCCGGUGCCGCCGGCGAAGUCUGCAGCCACUCGCCGCCUUCCUCUCUCUACUACAACUACGCGCGGCAGUGGUGGAAGGGCAGCAGGUCGUGGCCUUCGUGGAAGAGGAGGCAGGGGGGUUUCAAAUCCGAUUCCCGAGCCUCCAUCCAACUACAACGUCCGCAAGAAGUUAAAGACGAGGUUAAUUGAUUCAUUGACGACACCGUCAACAGAAACUACAAUUGUACAUUCAGUUACAGGUAGUGUGCCUGAAUCUGAGGAUGUGGACGAAGAAUUUGAUGAAUCCGUCGAUUAUGAUGCAAUGUUUGUUGGAGAACAUGUUGAAAUUACGGAUGAAGAGGAAGCUGCGGAUGAAGGAGAUGAAGAGGAAGAUGACGAUGAGGAUGAGGAUGGAGAGGAAGACGGGGAUGAGGAUGAAGAGGAAGAUGUGGCUGAGGAAGGACAUGGAGUUGGUUCCAAGAGAAAGCUCACAUCAGUUGUUUGGGUUGAUUUCAAGAAAGUGAGGUUCUAG